CUGCAUGGUUCAGAGGCCAUUUUCUCAGAAUUAUGGUCCACAUAUCCACUGAAAUUAUUGUCGCCGCGGACAACAGAAGAGGGCGUCGCUAUCGUCUACGUGGUGAGCUAUGGAGGGGGGCUUGUGGGAGGGGAUUUUAUCAAUCUCUCUGUGGAUGUGGGAGGAGGGACAAAACUCGUUUUGUUGUCUCAGGUACGCAGAAACGUUCUUCAGAUAGAGUCACAAUGCAGGGAUAUUAAAACUUGUUACACAGGGCUCCACCAAAGUUUUCAAAAUGCGACAAGGUGAAAGAUCGUCUAUCGUCCUACGAGGAUCUUCCUCAGUGCAACAAGUGACCACAACGCAAUCUAUGGACGUGACUGUGUCGGCGCAGGGCGCCAUCUUCGUGCUUCCUGACCCCGUCACUUGUUUCCGAUCGGCAUCAUACAACCAGAUACAGACUUUCCGGCUCGUUGGUGAUGCCUCCAUCGUGCUCUUGGAUUGGGUAACCUCUGGGCGCCGGUACUACAGCCUCAAUAAAGUUAUCGUUGAUGGGAAACCUAUUGCACGGGAUGUGUUGUUACUGGAACAAGUCCAAGCUCAGGUUCCCGCUGAUGAUACUCCUCGGCGUUCGUUAAAGGACAGGUUGUCGCCAUAUUCGUGCUAUGCUAUGCUUUUACUCUACGGGCCUCUUACGAGAGGUGUCAUCGCUGAAAUGACCACCCAAUACGAAGCUAUCACAGUGUUCAACAUGACCUCCCCUCAACCUGUCAUAUGGUCUUUGAGUCCCAUAUGUGGGGGUGCAGGAUGCGUUGUGCGGACAGCGGGGGUGGAGACGGAGGACGUGAAGAACUGGUUAAAAAAUGCCUUACGGGGACUUGAGAAUGUUAUUGGGGUUGAUGUAUACAGGAAGGCGUUCCUGUGACGUAUUAUCCAAUGAU